CGUGCAAGAGGUUUUCUUAAACCUGCUCUAGAAAUACAAAGUUUAAUACAAUGGCUACUGCAUCGGUUCCCAAUUGGCUGCAUGUAGACAUCGGGGAUGAAGCGCCCCAGCUCCUGUCAACUUUGUCCAGUUGCAUGACGCUCAGCGAUGUACAAUGCGAUGGUUACGUGCGACUGCUGGCUGCUGACAUUUCACUGGAGGACAACGAAGCGCCCAGUGCUAAGCUCAAAGUAUUCCGUGGUCUGCAACUAAAGCAGGAGCAGCCGUUGCCCGGCAUUCCCACGGCUAUUGAGAGCCUCUACAUAGACGAAUCGGAGCCCAAGACGCCGGUGAUAGCCGUAGCCAUUGCAGAGUCAGUUCUGUUCUAUCGCCAUUUGAAGCCUUACUUCAAGUAUACCAUACCCGCCUCGGAUGCCGAUGAGCUGGAAUUGGAGGUGUGGCGGAAGCUGCCCGUCAUGAAACCCGAAGCACACGACGGGCUGCUGCAGUUGCUCAAGGAUGUUGACCACGCCAAACUGUCGCGUAAAACGCAACGGCUACUGCAGCUUUCCGAAGAUGAGCGAGCCGCAUUUGUCAGCACCCACAAGGAUUCGCCCGUGGGCCGCACGGGCAAUAUUGUGGCCAUGUGUUGCCUGAAACGUGUCUCUAGCAACGUGAAUCCGCCAUCGCACUUGGUUCUAGCCACAGACUCUGGUCGCAUAUUUGUGCUGGAACCGCAGGGAUUCAAUUUGAUUUACCAGGCGAAAACUUGUAGCUAUGAGACAGCCGUGCCGAGUCUAAUUUCUGUGCACGGCACUUACGAGACGGACUUUUGCAUUGUGGUGGGCACGCGCAAUGGCGGCGUCUAUCUGCUGCGCAAGUCCAGCAGCGAGGGACAGGAGAUCUUCAAGUUGUCCAUUCCGUUGACAGGUCUGCAGUUGCUGCCAAUCGAUCAGACAAUCGUUAUAACCACCAUGGAGCAUCGCUACCUGUGCUGUUCGAAGCGCGGUAAGCUGCUCUACCAGAUGCAACUGGAUGCGGCGCCCGUUUGCAUUUUGCCCCUGAUGCUCACACACCUGGGCAUUACACUGGUGGCCGUCGCCCUGCAAGGCGGCAAAGUGAUUUUCUUCCUUAAUCGCUAUCAGGUGGAUGAAUUUGUAGUGUCGCAGACCGUGGCUGGCAUGAUAUAUGGUCGCAUGGGCAUGGAGGAUCAUGUGCUCACCCUGAUUACAGAAACCGGCGAAAUGAUUAUAAAGAUUUUACGACGCAUCACACGUUUUGAACCCGAUUACAAAGCGUUGGCAUUGGCCAAUAAGGACUCGGGCGUGCCGCACAAGAUUGUGGAUGCCUCCAUUCUCGACAAGUCCAAGAAGAGUUCCAUAUUCGUAGAGCAGGCGGCGCGGGAGAAACAACAGGCCAAAUCCAGCUAUGCUAGCUUUCAGGUGGAAUUGUGGCGACUGCGCCACACCGCGGCGCGUGCCACUAUAGAUGCCAUUAACUCUUCAGAGAGCACCAUUUCUGGUGAUCUGACACACGCGCCCGUCAAGCUGUCAGCAGAGGUCUGCGGCAGUGGACCUGCUUUUCGGCUCUACCUCACCGUGCAGAAUCUUUCCACGUUCAAGAUGGCCUCCAAUUUGUCUGUGCUGCUGCACGCAGAUCGCCGCCACUACACAAUACAGCAGUCCGUGGCCAGACUGCCAAGUGUGCUGCCCGGCAUUCCGUUGCGUGUGGACUUUGAAGUUGUGGCCGUGCUGGAUGCCAUGGAUAAACUGCCACCGGCCAGCCUAACGCCGGACAACUCUCAGAUACGCGUGAUGCUGCUGAAAACGGGUCAGGCCAAGCCGCUAAUUGCUGCCGUUGUAGCCAUGCCACAGUCGGAGGCGGCUUUCUAAAAGCUUUUUAAUGUUGACUUUAAAUUGGUUGUUUUGGGCGUAUUUGGGCGCAUACUUCUCGUAGACCUUGAUGUAUGCUUCCUUGGCAGCAUCCUUGGACAGGCCCUUGUGCGA